AACUCAACUCAGAGCAGGUGCACCAUUUCAUUUUUUAUUUUCAACACUGCCAUGAAGGGUGGGCAGAAGUGGGAGACAGCUUUGGAGACGCUGUGCUAUGUUUCUACCAUCGGUGAUGGUAGAAUGAAUGAAGAUGGUCACAAAAAUGGCGACUCUUUUGUUGCAACAGAGAAUCCUCAAUUGCACAAAGAUGAAGUUGAGAAUUCAGGCGUAAAAAAUCUAGAUGAACAGGAGACAUAUGAAGAAGGAUCUAUGCAUUAUGAGAGGGUCAUCCAGGAUGAAGGAAAGAACAAGACAAACAUGGAUUUGCUGGUUGAUGUUGCAAAUCUUGGAUUGGGACACAAUCUCAUUCUCAACAAACACAAGGUCCACAGGAUUCACCGUAAUCGCGCAUUAUGCGACCUUUUGGACGUGGUUCCAAAGAGUCAAUAA